CGCCCUGUGCUGUGUCAUGCAUUUCUGCUCUUUAGAAAGUUUAGUAUCGGUUUUUGUGAGCUUUUGGAUUCGUGUUUUUGAGAGAGUUUAUGUUUGGUUGUAGUUUUGCGAAUGUAUCAGCCAGAUCCAUGUCACCUGAAUCAUGACUGAGGCACAGAGAAGCACGGAGAACUGCAGAGGUUUGAAGAACGAAGAUGGGUAUGAAAUCUCCAUCCCCUGUGAGGACAACACCCUGGACGAGUCUGGUUUCUAUAAUCAAAGUGACCACACCUUCGAUGAGUCGGCCUCAGGUCAGGUUCCUCCUUGCAGUCCGUACCUUCUGAUUACCAGCCUCAGAGCACAACUGCAGAUUUCUCUGGAAAAGAACUCCUGGCUCCAAAAACGCAUCGAAGAUCUGGAGGAGGAGAGGGACUUCCUGCGCUGCCAACUUGACAGAUUCAUUUUCAACACCAAGAGUCAGGAGAGCAAUGGCUCAAUGGGGAAAGAAACUGAAGCAGAGGCCCUGCAGCAGCACACCAGUCAGAGGCAGCCCACCAAUCUGAAGCCCUCUUCCCGGAAAACACCCACUCCUUCAUCACCCAUGAUGACACGCUCUGGAAAAAUCCCUGCACGCAACCAAAAGCGCAGCAGAAAACACAAUCAAGAAGCAGAGGAGGUGAUUGAAGAGGAAGAGUAUAUAGCGGAGGAAGAUUAUGUGGAGGAGCAGGUUGUUACAGAUGAUGAUGGUGAAGAUUCAGAUAAAAGCUUACAAAAGAACCGUUCAGGCAGGCUGAAUGGCCAGACGAGAGUGAAAAGACGACGCGUUUUUCGCUUUGCGCGAAGCAUGGAAAGACAAAGAGUCAAAGACCCUGCAGGUGUUCUGCUUCGCUACAAUAAGAUCCUUGUGACUUAUCAGAAGUUAAAGAGCAUGUCUAGAGCAUUCCAGGUCCAUGGGGUUGACCGAAACACAGUGGCCUCCACCACUCCUAUAGCUGAAAUGCUUUUGGUCGCUCCUGAGAAGGUAUCUGAGGUUGGGGAGUUUGAUUCGUCCAAAGAGAAGCUUCUGGAUUAUGCAAGGCGCUGCUAUAAAGCUCUUGAUGAGGACGCUCACGCUAAGGUGCAGGCCUUGAAGAAGAACAACUUCUUGCUGCCCAUUUCAUACAGGUUCAGACACUGA